AAUUCUUGGGGUCUCCCUUGCUGAAUGUGAGAGCACACCUCCCGAGUUGCUGACGGACAGGAUGCUUUACCGGCUGCUCUCCGUUGUCCGACAGCAGCGAGCCAGCCCAGGAUGGCAGAACUGGCCCUCAGCAAGAAGCAGCGCGUCAGCCGCCGAGGCGCAUUCCAUCACGCUGCCUGCCCAGGCGCAGGUGGUCAUCUGUGGUGGUGGGAUUAUGGGCACCUCUGUGGCCUACCACCUCGCCAAGCUGGGCUGGAAGGAUAUCGUGCUCUUGGAACAGGGCAGGCUGGCUGCUGGCUCUACAAGGUUCUGUGCUGGCAUCUUGAGCACCACGAAGCACUUGACCAUUGAGCAGAAGAUGGCAGACUAUUCAAACAAACUCUACCAGCAGUUAGAGCAAGAAACAGGGAUCCAGACAGGUUACGUGAGGACGGGCUCCAUCUCUCUGGCCCAAACCCAGGACCGGCUGAUCUCCCUGAAGCGCAUCAACUCUAGGCUGAAUGUUAUGGGCAUCCCUUCUGAGAUCAUCACCUCUAAGCAAGUGGCUGAACUUCACCCUCUCCUCAAUGUGCACGACCUAGUGGGAGCCUUGCAUGUCCCUGAGGAUGCCAUCAUGUCCUCUUCUGAUGUGGCUCUUGCCUUGGCAAGUGCUGCCUCCCAAAACAAUGUUCAGAUCUAUGACCGGACAACUGUUCUUCACGUAAUAGUAAAAAAAAAUCAAGUCAUGGGUGUGGAGACAGAUAGAGGACCGAUUGACUGCCAGUAUUUCGUCAACUGUGCUGGUCAGUGGGCAUACGAGCUGGGUCUGUCCAACGAGGAGCCGGUUAGUAUCCCGCUACAUGCCUGCGAACACUUCUACCUCCUGACUCGCCCCUUGGAGACCCCUCUGCAGAGCAACACACCAACUAUUGUAGAUCCUGAUGGGAGGAUUUAUAUCCGCAACUGGCAGGGUGGCAUCUUGUCUGGGGGUUUUGAGAAGAAUCCAAAACCAAUUUUCACUGAAGGCAAGAAUCAGCUGGAGAUUCAGAAUCUACAGGAAGACUGGGAUCACUUUGAGCCUCUGUUGAGCUCCCUCCUGCGGAGGAUGCCAGACUUGAAGACCCUAGAGAUCCUGAAGCUGGUGAAUUGCCCCGAGACCUUCACGCCAGAUAUGAGGUGCAUCAUGGGUGAAUCGCCUGUGGCUCGGGGCUACUUUGUCCUGGCAGGAAUGAACUCUGCUGGUCUGUGUUUCGGUGGAGGAGCUGGGAAGUACCUCGCUGAGUGGAUGGUCUAUGGUUAUCCCUCAGAAAAUGUCUGGGAUUUGGAUUUGAAACGUUUUGGAACCCUCCAGAGCAGCCGUACCUUUCUGCGUCACCGAGUCAUGGAAGUCAUGCCUCUGAUGUAUGAUUUGAAGGUUCCCCGCUGGGACUUCCAGACCGGGAGGCAGCUACGUACAUCUCCUCUCUAUGACCGCUUGGAUGCACAAGGAGCCCAAUGGAUGGAGAAACAUGGGUUUGAGAGGCCAAAAUACUUUAUUCCACCUGAUAAAGACCUCCUGGCACUGGAGCAGAGCAAGACCUUCUAUAAGCCAGACUGGUUUGAGAUUGUGGAGUCGGAAGUCACGUGCUGUAAGGAGGCCGUGUGUGUCAUCGACAUGUCCUCCUUUACAAAAUUUGAAAUAACAUCCACUGGGGAUCAGGCCUUAGACACUCUGCAGUACCUCUUCUCCAAUGACCUUGACGUGCCUGUGGGCCACAUCGUGCAUACUGGCAUGCUCAAUGAGAAGGGCGGGUAUGAGAAUGACUGCAGCAUCGCACGGCUGAACAAGCGCAGUUUCUUCAUGAUUUCCCCAACUGACCAGCAGAUCCAUUGUUGGUCCUGGCUGAAGCAGCACAUGCCGAAAGACAGCAACCUGGUAUUGGAGGACGUCAGCUGGAAGUACACUGCCCUCAAUCUGAUUGGUCCCCGUGCCGUGGACGUUCUGUCUGAGUUGUCUUAUGCCCCUAUGACAUCUGACCACUUCCCAAGCCUUUUUUGUAAGGAGAUGAGUGUUGGCUAUGCCAAUGGCAUCCGGGUGAUGAGCAUGACCCACACAGGAGAGCCGGGCUUCAUGCUGUACAUCCCCAUCGAGUAUGCCCUGCAUGUCUACAAUGAAGUGAUGAGUGUUGGGCAGAAAUACGGAAUCCGAAACGCAGGCUAUUAUGCUCUCCGCAGUCUCCGAAUUGAGAAGUUUUUUGCCUUCUGGGGUCAGGAUUUAAAUACCUACACCACCCCCCUGGAAUGUGGACGAGAAUUCCGGGUGAAAUUAGAGAAGGGAAUGGAUUUCAUCGGCCGGGAGGCCCUGCUGCAGCAGAAGCAGAACGGGGUGUAUAAGCGCUUCACGAUGUUUAUCUUGGAUGACCAUGACACAGACCUGGACCUCUGGCCUUGGUGGGGCGAGCCCAUUUACCGAAACGGGCAGUAUGUUGGCAGAACCACCAGCAGUGCCUAUAGCUUCACCCUGGAGCGCCAUGUGUGCCUGGGCUUUGUGCACAACUUUUCCGAGGACACCGGGGAGGAGCAGGUGGUGACGGCAGAUUUCAUCAACCGGGGAGAGUAUGAGAUAGACAUCGCGGGGCACCGAUUCCAAGCCAAGGCCAAGCUCUACCCCUUUAGCUCCCUCUUCACCCUUAAACGCCGAAAGGAUGACGUGGAGCUCAGUGACUUCCAUGGGAAAUAGUGGCUUCACCUCCGCUCCCCGUCAUCUCCUCCCCCGAGGAGGAUACCUGAGAAGUGGCCCGCUCUUCCUUCUGGCUCCUUCCCUCUUCUGACCACCGCCUUCCAUCUCGUCCGCCUUGAUAGAAUCUUAACUUUGGCUCCUUUCAGUCUUGUAGUUCUGCAGCCUCUCCUUCCAGCUUCUCCCCUUUUGUAGUCCCCCCUCCCCGCCCAGUCCUCUCUCUGGGCUUUUCGUCCUGUCAUAUCCUGGGGUGACAGGAAUAUGUCUAACAGCCACGACGGGAGUGGGCUCCUGGUGGAAGCGGGUUAGGUAACAGGCUGCCUUUAAAUGCUGUGUCUCCGAGCAAGCAGGACUGCUGUCGCUGUUCCGGCCUCAGGGCAAGAGCUCACUUCCCUUGGGCCAACUUUCCUUGACUGACUUUGGUGAGGUUUCUAGAAGUCAGUCUCAGUCUCGCCCUGUGGAAUAGCUUGUGCCUUUUAGCCAGGCAGCACGCUCGCUCUCCUGUUCCGUUGUGCUGUGAGCGUGGUGCUCCGACACCCCUAGCAAGAGGGUGAUCAUCUACCUCACUGAGAAGAGGCUUGGGAGGGGCAUUACUAGGCCUGCAUUGCAGACAGGCAGUUGACCGAUCCCAUGCUCCACCCUCCACCUCCCCGUGGAACCUACUGUCAGGGCUUUGGGCAAGAGAACCCUUCCUGUCGUUUCCUGUCUCGUUAAUCUCUCUAACAAGUGAUGAUUCUCUCUAGGGGAACAAGCAAGCCCCACGGUGGGAAGGGAAAGCUAUGUUGCCUUCUGGUUUACUUUUCCCAGCCUGCCGACGGGCCCGACUUCAAGAAGUGCACAUGACAGAGUUGGCUUCUGCUGUCCGGACAGUGCUGCUUUCCUUUCACCUCUUCAGAGGUCAGGCGUCCCACCGCCAUGCUCCUCUUCUCCAGGUCAGCCUCACCCAUCCGCUCUGCAGCAGACCUACAAGCUCAGAACUGGCAAGGCAUGUCAUCCUGUGGUGUGAUGAAACCCUGAGUCCAGAGUUUGCCUUCUGCAACACGGAGCAGACCCAGCCACCUAGAUGGGCACAGUGUGGAGGGCGGGCUACAGAAGCCACGAGGUGCUCCCUCCUCUCCCAGGCUGUUUCUCUUCUCGUCUCAGAGCUCCUCACAGCUGGACUAGAAAGGUCCCUAGAUACCAUGGGAGGAUCCUUCAUGUUCUUCUUCAAGGUAACUUUUCUGAAGGUAACGAUAGAUAAUGCAGGCUGUUGCCCAGUCCAGCAGUUCAUUUUCUCCUGGGUGGAGAUGGCUCUAAUAUGUUUCGUGUAAACACACUGCUGCUAGAGAUUUUCAUUGAAUCAUAGCCUUUGUUGGCUUGAUAGCUUGCAAGCAUUAGCUCUGCUGGGACUAUCUGAUAUUAUAGAAAGUCCUUUCAUUUUAUUUGUGCAAAUGCUCAGGCAUCUGCUUUCUCUGGGAUCUCAGCUUACCCACUUAACCAGGCUGGUACCUUGUCCCUUUUAGACAUUUCUUGCCAUUUCUCCAGUGAGCUCAUUUCUAAUUGAUGACUAACUCUGAUGUCUAUCCUUUUGGGGAGUCUUGGUUAGCUUGUUGAGAGAGCAUAUGACUAGAGUUCUGUGGGGGGACUAAGCUGUUUUUGGAGCAACUGUGUAUUUAACUAACUGAGAGAUGCGACUUCCAGGCAAGGAGGAGAGAGGCAGAGCAGUGUCAUUUCGCCAAAGGGCAGAACUGAGUACCCCAGCAGCUGGGCAGGACGCUGGUGUGCAGGAGUGGGCACAUGGCCAGAUGCAGGCGCUGCCAGAAGAUGGAAACCAUACAUGGAGGCCCAGGUGCCUGUGACACUCAGGUGCAUGGCAUUUCUCUGUCCAGUGUGGUCUUUAUAAAUGAGAGUUUGAGAUGAAAUCCAGAAGGAAUGCUUGAUAAAUACCUAGAUCUUCUUCCCGCAGCCUUAUGUGGGGCAAUAUGUGUGCUGUGUGCUGGCCCUGUGGAAGUGUCAGGUCACAUAAUUAGGCCCACAGUGAUAAACUAAAAGUUCCCCCCAUAGUUUAAAAUUGGGGAAUUCCAUCAUCACAGUGUACUAUUUAAAGGGAAGUGUCACCAGAAGUAUAGGUACUCUGGAAUUUUAAGACUUUGGGUUUCCUUUUUUUUUUCCCUAUACUUGUUAAUCUCUAAUGGUUUCACUGAUUCGUUCUCCUUUCUACGAAGUAGGAGUCAGUCUUGUGAACCCGAAUUACUGGCCUCUUGAUUCUUACUGUCUUACUCUUGCCCCUUGGAGCCAGCACAACUGUGCUUCUCUUGGCAGUAGGACAGGACAAGUGGGACAGGCACUUUGGAUGGUGCUUUGAAAGUGUCUGGUUCUUAAAUAGGUGCCAUGAGAUGCUGGCAGGUCUUGACCUGGGGCAUCACUUGUUUAGGGAAGACCCUGAAACAUCCGUCUGUCCCUUAUUAGGUCUUUUGGCUUAUAGGCAGUGUGACUCUGGGUUUGUGUGGAUUUGGCCCUAGUGUGAGCUAUUUGAAUGGGCAGAGCUGAAGGUGAGUCUCUCCUGCCUCUGGCAGUGUCAUAUGCACCUUAGAUGGUCAAGAGGAGAGGACAGUUAACCUUGUUGACCCAGUGGUGGCAGUGGGCGAGGUCCAGGGGUACUGGCUGCACUUGCAGCGCAUGAAACACCCUCACUUAUUUGGUGUCGUUUCCUUCUCUUGGGCACCAGGGCACAAGUGUUUGCCUUGUGUGACAACUGCUUUCCCUGGAAACAGGAAGGGCUUUGAACCUCUUGAAUGGGUGGCGUGGCUGCACUCAAACGUUCAGCACCUGGGCACUUUUUCCUCUAUGAAAUGGUCGUUUGUCCUGUCUUCUGUCUCUGAGGCAGAAAGGCUGUCCUUCUCUUCUGUCUUGUCAGCGUAUUCAGCUAAAGAAUCUCUUGAGCCUAAACACAGAAAAUAGACGAAGACCCAGAGUUGCGGCCUACUGUCAACCCAUGUCGCUGGCCCUGGACUCACACCGUAUGUGAGGCCUGUUUCUGAACUCUGCCGGCCCCGUCUGGCUUUCGGGAGCUUGUACCAGAAAGCGUCUCUUCUGCAGUAGUUGAACGUGUGUGUAUUUGGCUGUGUGUCUUUUCACCAGGAAUGAGAAGAAAGCACUCCCUGCUCUGUCACUUUCAGAAAGGUCACAGGGCACAAGACAGGCACAGACAUAGUGCUUUCCCUUGGGUCUCUGAGGCCCAAACCUCAGGGACACAGAACCGGUUGGCCUAGCUUACCCCACAGAUUUAACUUGGGCCUCAGGGACCCCAUUUCUGCAGGAGUCAAGUCCAGUCCCUUCAGUUUGGUUCUCCUCAGGAGGAGAGGGACAGAUGGUGGCUCCUUGUGGGCCUGCUGCCUUCUCUUCCGGAGCUGUUUCAGCUCUCACAGUGACUCUGUCUUUGCAUGCACUUGAAAUGUUAACCCCAUCCUCCACCACCACCAUGAAGUAUCGGUGGUAUGAGAGUGAGAAUGGUUAACUAAGUGGAACUGCCUGUCUGAAGAGGUGAUUCUGGCUCAGGACACGUGAGUCUUCACCAUCCUCUGGGAGUCUGUGACUGCUGAGCGGACUCGUCUGUCCUGGCCACUGUGGAAUACGUGUCCUGAUAGAGCAGCUGCACUCGCUGCAGAAGGACUCGCUCGCAUCUCUCUCUCUGACCCCUUGACCAGUAGAGUGAUCAACGCUUCCCCCAGCUCCCCAACCCGUAUCUGAGAUGCAGGUCUCAUCGGCAGUUGUUAAUACUGAAGAAUGUCAUUUUCAUUCCCUUGCUGCACCCGCAACCCCUCAUAAACACUGACGUGAACAGUAUUGUAUCAACAUAGUCAAGGGAAAUUUCCUCACAAGGAAAGAAUUUACACCCUCGUACAUUUGUAGGCCCGUGGAUUCAGGAGAAGCACAACUGAGAGGAAGAAAUGGUAGCUAAACAAUAGCCAUAUUCCACGUGCUUCCAGUCAGGAAUGAGCCACUUUGGGUCAGCCUCCUGUCGGUCAGUGCUGCCUCCGCUUAGGGGCUGAGUUGUGAGGCUCCUUGAUUGUCAGCACAGCUGGACCAUCUGCAGUCCUUAUCGCCUCCAAUGCUCGCUCUCCAAGAGGACGAGUGGGUGUGGGUGUCUGUCUGUCUCUCUCUCUCUGUCUUUGCCUUCCCUUGCUCCAGAGUUGUUUCUUGUACCAUAUGACUCAUGGCUUCUCUUAGCAGAACCCGAAUCUCUUAGAGAAGCAAGCAUUUCUUCAUAUGCCCUCUUCCUCAUGAUAUUUUUAUCCAUUGCAGACCGUCUUCUGCUUGCUUGGUUUCCUGUCUCUCAAAGACAGCAGUUGCAAGAGGCAGGGAGGUUAUCUCUCGUAUCUGUUUUCAAAAGAUCUGUGCUAGGAUUUUCUUUGCACACCGAGAACCAGAGCUUAGAGCCCCUCUUUUCUCUAAGCCAGGUUCUAGUGCCUUACCCUCUGGAAUGUCCAGUGGUGGGAAGAGACAGCACAAGAAAAGCAAAGGCAGUAACUUCAUUUCAGCCUGUGGGGCUCCAUCCGCCCCAGAUGAAUUGGGCGGGGCAGAAAGUGCCGGAAGCUGUGAUUCGGUGGAGGCACAGUGGACUCCGGCCGGCCGACUCCUGGGAUGUAGACAAGCGGCACUGUGUAACUAUUGUGAAGUACUAUAGCUCGUUCUUGAGAGUUUUUAAAAGGGAAGUUCAGCUCAGCCCCUUUCCGUUCAUGUUUAGCAUUAGAGGGUGGUCCUGAUGACUCACGAGGCACUUCAGCAAGUGGAGUCUUCGAAGCAGAGACUGUUGGCACAGAGCCUGGCCGAGCGAUUCUGCCCUCCGUGGGCACGUGGUUAACAUUGUGCACUCUGUUCAUAUCGAGCUAGGUUCCUUGGUUUGUAAGUGAAUAAACAGACAUUUUGACUA